GCUUCGGUUCAAUCAGUCAGGCAGCAAGCGGCUCAAUCUAUCCGGCAGGCAGCGGCUCCAUCAGUCAGGCUGGCAGCGGCUCCAUCAGUCAGGCAGGCAGUGUCUCCAUCAGUCAGGCAGGCAGCGUCUCCAUCAGUCAGGCAGGCAGCGUCUCCAUCAGUCAGGCAGGCAGCGGCUCCAUCAGUCAGGCAGGCAGCGGCUCCAUCAGUCAGACAUGUAGCGGCUCCAUCAGUCAGGCAGGCAGCAGCUCAGUCAGUCUGGCAGGCAUCGGCUCAAUCAGACAGGCAGGCAUCAGCUCAAUCAGUCAGUCCUGCUUCGGUUCAAUCAGUCAGGCAGCAAGCGGCUCAAUCAAUCCGGCAGGCAUCGGGUCAAUCAGUCAGGCUGGCAGCAGCUCCAUCAGUCAGGCAGGCAGCUGCUCCAUCAGUCAGGCAGGCAGCGGCUCCAUCAGUCAGGCAGGCAGCGGCUCCAUCAGUCAUGCAGGCAGUGGCUCUAUCAAACAUCA